UAUAAAAAUCACUUGUCUUACCAAAGUUUUGGCUUCUGACCCUUUAUCUCCUUUCCCUUUAUGUUCUUUUUACUUUGUUUCUGGUCUUUCUCGCUUCCUUUUGUUUAUCUCGCCGCCAUCUCCGCUGCCGUCUCCAGAGCCCCUGAGCAGCAAAUACAUACACAGCAAAGAACAAGCAAACGCAGCAAAAUAUCCACCCGAGAAGAUCACUCCAUCUGAUAGAAUCGUUCGGUCCAACCCUCAGUUCACGGCCAACCACGUUUCUGUUUGCAAAUCCAAAAUCGACGCCGACGCAAUUCAAUCUAUGGGCUGCGAAUCCCCCUAACCAUGACCCUACGGCCUAAACAGCUAAUUCGCAUGGCCUGGCAUAAGCUGCAUACAGUAUCAAAUAUAUGCAGUGCCUUCCAACACAGGAAUAUGGCCAUCCUCGGGUUUUAGCCCUUUCAAGUUUCAGAAAAAUCCAUGUUGCUGUGUUGUGUGGGUCGUGCUUUGGAAUCUUUACACUUUUUAAUGUUUUGCUGAUCAAGUCUGACAAUUUAUGGAUGUAUUCCUAGUGCAGGGGUUUGUUAAACACAGCCCCAUUAGAGUGUCUUGGGUUUGGCCAUUCAGUGUACUGAGUAAUUCAAUUGGCAGUCGGCUUUCCUUAUCGACCCAAGUUUUUGUUGAAGAAACCGCUGACGAAGUCUUGAAUCAAAUCCUUGCUGCUGGGCAGGACCAUUCUGUUUCCAGAGAAGAAGUUUGUCUCAGUUAUAUUCGAAACCUCUGCGCUGCUGGAAAUCUUCUAGCUGCUGCUAAGAUACCGAAAAAUCUACGCGGUAAGCACAUCUUCCUAGGCCCUCGUGCAUAUGAUUGCCUUCUGGAAGCUGCAGAUAGGAAGAAUGAUAUUGAUAUCCUCUCUCAAGUUUUCAAGGAUCUUCUGGUUUCUUGUGCCUCUGUAAGAUUUACUUCGUAUCUUAUUGUUGCUAGAGCUUUGGGAAAGCGUAAUGAUCCUGCUAUGUUGUUGAAUUUUAUCAGAGAUGUUUGUGAAAUGGAUUUUCCAAGAAUUGAUGUAGUUCUGAACAGGGUUAUUUUUGCCCUUGCUAAAUGUGGACAUGUUGACAAUGCCUUGUUUGUAUUUGAUCAUAUGAAGAGUUUAAAAUGUAAACCGGACCUGUUUACCUAUAACACUGUUUUGGCGAUUUUGGGUCGUCUUGGGCGAGUAGAUGACAUGUUGCGUGAAUUCACUUUUAUGAAAACGGUUGAUCUUGUUCCGGAUAUUGUCACUUAUAAUACGGUGUUAAACAGCUUGAGGAAGAUGGGUAGAUUAGAUUUGUUCAUGGUGCAUUUCAAGGAGAUGAGUGAUAGAGGAGUUCAACCUGAUGCUUUGACUUUCAAAGCUUUGAUUGAGAGCUUAGGCAGAUCAGGGAACAUAGAAGAAGCCCUGAAAGUUUUUGAUGAGAUGAAAUAUAAGCAGAUCCGUCCUUCCAUUCAUAUCUAUCGUGCACUAAUUUUCAGUUUGAAGAGGAUGGGAAAGAUGGAGUUGGCUUUGAGAUUUUCGACAGAGAUGAACAAACUCUUUCAAGACUCUGUUCUUCCAAGGGAUUUCCAAUAUGAGAACAGAUAAUUAGCUAUCAUAACUAGUGAAUUUUCAGUCUUAUCAUAUGGUUAUCGAAGAGAUAAACCUGCUAGUUCGGCCUGCUACUGGAGGCUGUUGAUAUAGCAUAGCAAGAACUUGAACUCAUCACCCCUUCAAUAGAAGGGAAAAUGGAAAAUAAGAAGGAAAAAAGAGCUUGGAUGUCUCCGCUCAAAUUUCUUAGGUACAGAUCAUUGUAAAAUCAUCUUGUCCUCUGCCUCUAGGAUUUAUUCUGAGUUCAAAGAUUCUGCUUCAUAGGUCAUUAGACACUUGAAACGAAAAUGUUAAUGUGAAUCUAUGAUAGAAAGUGAAGAGCAGGAGACUUUCAUAUUAUUUUAAUUUGCUCUCCCUGCUAGUUUUUUCAGGGAGCUUCUAUUACUAUUCUUUUCAUGUUAUCUUAAUAUCCAACAACGAGACAAUCUUGAAGAGCAGAGUACUGUGCUUGUUUGCUGUCAAAUACUUUCUAUCUUAUCUCAUCCGACUCUAUUGAUUAUGUGUUUGGCGUGGAGAAACUUUUUUCAUCUAAAAAUAACAUCUCAGACACAAUGGUGAUUGGGACACAGUGAAGUAGCACCAAGCAGUGUCACAAGGUUAAGCAAAUAAGCAGCACCCAGUUGAAGCAGUUGAAUCAGAUUUAGGCUACUGGGAAAUAUCAUCCAUCAGAAAAUUUUCUACUAAAACCGCUUGGCUGCAUAAAAUACAAGAGAUAUGCAGCCUUUCUAAGUAGUAUCUGGCCUGAUUCUGUCGCUCAAACAAUAUUUGUUCAGGCUUAGACUGUUAAACCAGUAGAUCCAAUUGAUGAUGUCCUCAAGUGGAAAGGAUUCUGCAUUGCUUCACGCUGCCAAUGUUGUACACAAGAGGAAACAGUAGCUCACCCUUUCAUUUCAAGUGAACGAAUGUGGAUGAUUGGUCCUUGUUUGGCAUCAAAUUCAGAGCUCAAAUCCCAUAAAUGAAUUCCAUUGUGGCUCUGCACAUCAGAACCAUAACGCCCAUGUUAAUCCUGUGGUUCAUAUGGUGGGCCAGAAAGGCAGCAAAACAGAAGGUGAUAAAGUUUCGGUCUAGUGCAAUAAUUGCUCGGAUUAUCGGUUAUUCAUACUUUGUUGCAUAAGGCUAAGCUGUUGACAUUUCAGCUCUGGAAGAGUGGUCUAUCGUCAACAAGUUCACUGAUUAACCUAGAGCUGCUGUAAAUAGUUUCAUGCUUUGUCAGGUGACGUCAAUGAAACCACCUCUUGAGUGGAUCAAGGUCAGUACUGAUGGUGCAGCUGGAGGGAACCGGACAUGGCUGGAGCAAACGUAGUGUGGCUUGAGUUGAGACUAUGAAGGGAGAAACGCAACUUUAGAUGCUGACCAUGGGAUGGAAAAGAUAAUGGGAGCUGUCCGAUCAAAGGUUUGAUUCAAAUUGGGGCUAAAUUAAACUCUCAGACAGAUGACGACGUCGUCUCAGGAGGAUUAGGGCCGAAUUGGGGAAGAAAUUAGGGAUUUCAACUCUGCUGCUAAAUCCCUAGAAGGACCGACAAGUAGACACGUGGAAGCGAACGAAGGUGCGUAGCUGGCACAGUUAUGGAGUUGUUGUUUUGUGCUUUUGAAGCUUAAAAGGAGGAUGAACAGAUCAGAGCAAGAAUUUUUUAGAAAUUAAUUGUAGCUUUUCACUUUUUACUUUUUUGUCGAUUUUGACUGUAACUCCAUGUAAGAGGGAAGAGAGACGUUUUUUGGGGAUUAUUGUGAAAUGAACU